AUGGAAAGUGGAAGACACAGAUCACCAUAUUAUCGAGAUAGUCAUCAUAUAUCAUCACAUGGCUUUUCUGAAGGCGUUGAUUCAAAUCCAGAGAUACAUGAUCGUCAGAGACCAGCAAGUGUACAAGAUUUAGAUUAUGGAGAAAUGUAUGACUCUGGUAUACAACCACAUUCAACCUCUCCUAGACUAAACAAUCCAUAUAUUGAUCCAGUGAUAGGUGGUGGUGGAGGUUCUGGUGUGGGUGGAGGUGCUGAUGGAAUUGAUCAUCGGGCAGCUUCAUUAGAUCGUCGGGAGAGUACUAUGGGACAUUAA